AUUUAGAGGCAAUGUGCCGCCAGGCCAUUGAUCGCAGCCACGGUGAAGUUUUUGAUUUCAGUUUGGAGUACUUUGCUUCUCAUCAGAUGCUUGAGUACAUAGCACUGAGAUCAGGAAAACUGAAAAGACUUAGUGUUGCGUGUAGCUACCGUAGGUUAUGUAAAGGCUUGGAUGCAGCAGCUCGUAAGCUACCACUGUUAGAAGAGCUAAGUUUGACACACACUACUAUCACACCAAAAGCCAUUGAAGCUCUUGGUGGCUCAUGCCUGAAGUUGAAGUCGUUUGAAUUGAAUAACUCAUUCAAGGAGGAUUUUAGUGAUGACUCUGAUGACUAA